AUGAAUCUCAUUUAACAAUAAUGAAUUACUUUUUCCCCAACCCAAUAUUUGCAGGAGAAGAAGACAUGAAACAAUACCCCAAUACAAUAGAAGUCGCAUAUUCCGAUACUUUUCAAAGUGAAGCGUUAUGCUCAACCGUUUCGGGAAGCGUUUCAACGCGUUUCUUAAGCCCACCACAGACCGCAAACGUUCCGCAAGCACCGUAACCGGUGUGUGGAAAGCUUUACACAAACGCUCAAAUGUUCGCCUUCUUAAUAAGCUUCAUUGUUAGGGGUUGUAAAGCGGUCUUUUAAAGACACAAAUGUUGACAGGCUUGUUUUGGUGUUUCCUUGCAGAAAAUCUUGACCCGUUUCUAGGAAUGUUGAGACGAAAGUUGUUAGCUGCUCGGCGGUGUAAAUCCCAACCGAAUUAAUGACCGAAUCGACGGAACGUGUAUGUAGUCCUUUGUAAAAGAUUGCUAAUGCUGUUGCGAGUUUGAGUAACCAAACAGGAACAGGGCCAGCGGACAAAACCUCAAGCGAAUCCUCUGCCCCAGUGAAGACUUGGUAGGUGUUCGGACGUGCCACGAUAAGAAGUUUGACCAUCAAAUUAGAAGAAGGCUAAUACGCAACGUUUAUUGAGGUAGUGCAUGGAUACGAAAGCUUAGUCUCACCGCUGGUCAAAUGUCAAAUUCUUUGCGCGAACCGAACGAUGAUGGAACAUCUGUGAUGCGUGACAUUCAACCAGCUUCCCAAUCGUUGUCGGUAUCGGCUUCCGCAGCAUCUGUCGGCUCCUCUGGAUUGUUCGGCACGAUGAGUGCAUACGGAACAGCGGAUGUGGAUGGCGGAAGCGAAAUACUGGAGGGCUUCCUGUGCCCGAUCUGCAAAUGCGAUCUACGCACGCCGGAGCGACUGACAGUGCAUGUCGAGCAGGAGCACUCGGAGGAGCAGGAUUUACUAAAGUCGCUUCGCGAAAUCUUUAGCUUCGCCAAGAAGAAGAUCCUGAACCUGGACGAGACGGCAAACGAGCUGGUAACGAAAGGGUUGGACUCGGUGGGACGCCACCCGCCUGACAGCUAUCGUCCAGCGAUGGCAUCUGGCAGCAACAUGAACCCGCUGCUGAGCGGUAAUCAGAGCGUUGGUACCAUACGCGAUCAUUUGCCGUUCUUCAAAGCUGUACGCAGUCCGCGCCUCGAGCGCUACGCAUCCGAGACCAACAAACUCAUCAUCAGACUGGACAAGUUGCUCGACCGCUGUCCGCUCGAGCCGGACCUGAAGAAGCGACACGAGCAGAGCAAGGUACCGUGGAUCGAUGGUAAGUUGGUAAAACUGUGCCCAAGCUGCGCGAAGGGAUUCGGCAUUACUCGCCGGCAGCACCACUGUCGCGUCUGUGGGUCCGUGAUGUGCGAUGGAUGCUCCCGCUAUCUCAGCUUCGAAGAUGCGCGUAACAUUGUGCAGCCUAACAGCAGCAGCAGCAGCAGCAGCGGCACCAAUGAUGUACCGAUUACCGUGCAAACAGCAAACGACACCGGUGCAGGUGCAGCGACCGAAACGACCAACUUCCGGGUGUGCGAACACUGUCUGCACCUGCUGAUGAACCGGAUGGAGAUGCAGGAUUCCCGACUGGAUCGGCCUCCGAUCACCAAAUUUUAUGAGCGCUUGUGCCGCGAGCGGGAGGAUAUCGAGCCAGAGCUGCCGCUGUAUCAACGGAUGCUGGACAGCUUGUACGAGGGUAACGUCGUGUAUCGGCUAUCGGACGCAUCGGGGCUGCGGGAGAAGAUUGGCCGCAGUGCAGAGCGGCUGGACGGAGUAAGCAAGGCGGUACUGGCGCUACCAUUUGCACCGGGCAGCCGCGAGGAUGCACUGCGAAAAGCAAUCCGCCUGGCGUGCAUUGCGUAUAUUAAGGAGCGAAUGCUCUCGCUACCGCCACUACCAGUUGAGGCGGAAAUAAAGCGCAUACAGCAGCAACGACGGCAGGAGACAGCACGGCGGCUCGAGCAGGAGCGAUUGAUGGCUCUCGAGGCUUACGAACGCUAUGAGCAGUUGGCCGGCGAUAACGCAUUCUCCGCUCCCCACAACAGCAGCUCAAGCUCCUCCAGUACGGCGUCUACCGCCGAGAUGACGAAUGGACGUUUUGGUAUCAUAUCGACGAUGGACAACUGGAGUGGUACCCUGGCCGACACGGUGACGGAUAACUCGGGUGCCGAUCCGCUCAUAGACCAGAUUAACAUCGUGAAGGGUUACAUUAAACAGGCACGCGAUGCCCGCCGCCUCGAAGAAGUUGCCACGCUCGAACAGAACCUGAGCGAGCUCAUGCAAGAGUUUUCCCGCAGACAGCGUUCGUCAUCCGUACCAGUCGAUCCUGCUGCAUCUGGCGCGAACGCCUGAUAACUAACCUAGCGUCCCGCUCUGGUUCUAAGGUUGGUUUUAUGUGGCUAAUCAUUAGACAGCUGAUAGUUACUACUGCUGAUGACCGGCACCAGCCCAGUGAUCCGAGUGAAAGGUUGCGAGCUCGUCGCUGUAAUGAAGCCACUUUUUUCCUAU